GUAUCUGUACAAACACAAUAAAUAAUUACUCAAUCUUCCUAUAGCUAUAAAUGCUUUCACCAUCUUUCUCUCACAUUCCCUUCUUUGAUGAGCCUCUCUCUCUCUCUCUCUCUCUCUCUCUGAAUCUGAAGUUCUACUCCAAAUAUAGAUAUAGAUAUAGAUAUAACCAUGAAUGAUUGGAGAUCAGAAGAAAGGGGAAGCUGCUUCUUACACCCGAAAGAAGCCAACACAGGGGUGUGCCCCCUGUGCUUGAAUGAAAGACUCCUCGUCUUGGCUGCAAAACAAGAAGCCAACAAAAAGCAGCAGCUCUUUUCAUUCCAAAUCUCUCAAUAUUCCACACUAAGAAAGCCCAGCAGCAGCAGCAGCAGCAUCUCCCUCCCCAAGAUCUUUUCUUUUGGCUCUCUCCUCAACCGCUUUGAAUUUCACCACAACAAGCCCUACCACCACACCUACGACGACUCUCCUAGCGCGGAAGAUUCUUUUAUAUCAAUAAAGUUUGAAGAUAAUGGAGUCGCCUCAUGGGACAAGGGCACAGUGUCAAAGGUCUCACUAGACCACUGCAACAAUAUCUCAUGGAGCAACAAGAAGAGUGUGGUAGAGCAUGUGAGGCCACGUGGCAGCUCGCUGAGGUGGAGGAAGAGGAUAGGUCACAUGUUCCAGCUCAACAGGUGGAGGAGGUCCAGCAAGGCAAGUGGGUGCCACGCAGGCAGCAAGCUGGAGGGGGCAAAGGUGGUGAGGAGUAGCAGCAGUGGAUGGAUAAGAACUCUGACAAAGAGGAAGACCAAAGAAUAAAGUGGCUGUCAAGAAAGAGACGCUUGAGCGAGCUAGCUACCUUUUCCACCACCACAUUAAUCCUCCCUUAUUUGCUAGCUGCAGUUCAAUGGACGUAAAAAUGUAUAGACAUAUAUAUAUAGAGAUGUAUUACAAUUCGCAUGAUAUCAUCAUAAGAGCCAAAUACUUCUGUCACCAACCAAAUAUUGCAUGUGCAUUUGUUUGAAUCCUUGUCUAUUAUAUAUUUGUUAAAUUCUACCGUCUGCCUAGCAAGGUAGUUGAAGUGUUCACACUAGGAAACAUAUGGAACAUGAGGGCUUAUAAACACAUAAG